AUGUCUCACUUCAGGGUCGGGAUCGUGGUGUUUGAGGACUAUUUCACGGAAACUUACGGCAAAUUAGUGGGCAUUGCGAAGGACCCGACACGAGGAACGGUAUGGGUGUUCACACAUUUGGCCGUUUAUAGGUAUAAGAUUGUGGCCGAAGAUAGGAAUAUAUGGCGAAUAUAUUUAGAUAAACAGGACUUCGAUGCGGCCAAACGGUUGGCCAGAAACGACGCCCUCAAGACGGACCGCAUUAUCUGCGCCGAAGCCGACUAUUAUUUCGCUAAAAAGAACUACGAAAAGAGUGCAUCGCUUUACGCCAUAAGUCACAAGUGUUUCGAAGAAAUUGCGCUUAAAUUCAUUCAAAUCAAAGAAGACGAGGCUCUGAAGCAGUUCCUGGUCUGCAAAUUGGAUACUUUGUCGCCUAAAGACACCACUCAGCUAACGGUGCUGUUGUUAUGGCUGAUUGAGAUACAGCUCAACCAAAUGGGAUCGCUUCGGAACGCCGACAAAGAGGCCACCGAUGAGUACCAACUCAUUGAAGCCGAGUUCCAGAGUUUGCUCUCAGAGAACAAACUUCGGAACUGUUUAAUUAAAAGUCGGAAAGCAGUCUAUGAUUUGAUUGAAAGCCAUGGAAGUGAGAAGAAUUGGAUCUCUUUUGCUGUUCUGAUGCAAGAUUACAAUCGGAUCAUUGAAUACCAUUUAAGGCAUAAGAACUAUAGUCAGGCUUUCGUUGUACUUAAACAACAAGGAGUGACGGAAAUGUUUUAUAAAUUUGCGCCAAUUCUGAUGCAAGAGAUGCCAUCGGAAUUGAUAUCACUUUUGAUACAAUUGGCGCCACAAUUGGAUUCAACGAAACUGAUCCCCGCUUUAGUCCAACAAAAUCUGAAAAACAUCGACGAAAACAAUGAUAAACAGUGUUUGGAGACGAUCCGAUAUCUAGAGCACUGCGCCUACAAAUUAGGAGAUCCCGACCCUGUAAUACACAACUAUCUACUGGCACUCUAUGCCCAGACAGCGUCCGACAAACUGAUGACAUACCUGUCGAUGAAAGGUCAGGACGAGUCCACCGUUCCCUACGACAUCAGAUACGCGGCCCGUAUUUGCUGCGAACUGGGCUUAGAGAGGGCUUGUGUG